AUGGCUCUGACCCAAGAGCAAAUCAACACCAUCAAGGCCACAGUGCCAGUUCUCGAGCAAUAUGGCGGCAUCAUCACUACGACCUUUUACAAGAACAUGCUCAGUGAGAACCCUGAGCUGAAGAAUGUCUUCAACUCUGCAAACCAAAUCACCGGGCACCAGCCUCGCGCAUUGGCGCAGUCAGUCUAUGCAUAUGCGGCAAACAUUGACAACUUGGGCGCGCUUUCCGCUGCCGUUGAGAAUAUUUGCAACAAGCAUGCCUCGUUGUACAUUCGCCCUGAACAGUAUAACAUUGUCGGCACAUAUCUCCUCGCGGCGAUGAAGCAAGUGCUGGGGGAUGCCCUGACACCCGAGAUUCACGACGCCUGGGCAGCAGCGUACUGGCAGCUGGCAAAUAUCAUGAUUGAUCGCGAAGCGCAACUGUACAAGGAGGGCGGAGACUGGACCGACUGGAAGAAAUUCAAGAUUGCCAAGAAAGUCGCCGAAUCCGCAGAAAUCACUUCAUUAUACCUCGAGCCCGUUGAAAACGUUGAUGGAAAGGCCCUGCCGCCAUUCAAGCCGGGGCAAUACAUUUCCGUGAUGCUCGACGUGCCGAACCUCAACCACCAGCAAGCAAGACAAUACUCGCUCAGUGACAGCCCGAACUCGAAUUACUACCGAAUCAGCGUGAAGAAGGAGAGCGGCGUCAACCCCACGAAUCCCGAGAUGAAGGCGCACCCAGGCUACGUUUCGAAUAUUUUGCACGACAUUAAGAAGGAGGGGGACGUGAUCCUCGUGUCCCACCCGCGCGGCGACUUUUUCCUCUCUGAACAGAGCGUCGAGAAAUCGCACCCGAUCGUGUUGAUCUCUGCAGGUGUUGGCCUCACGCCGCUCAUGUCGAUUCUCAACACUGUGGCAUGCAAAAAGUCGUCUGCUGCGGGUGCAGCGAAAUGUCCAUUUGCCAGCCACGCGCAAAACUCAGGCACCGCCGCACCUACGGGACAAUGUCCAUUUUCUGGGAAAUCAGCCAAUGCAUCAACCACGCCUCACUCCUCCUCGUCUCCUCGCAAGAUUCACUUUAUCCACGGCACUCGCAGCACCGAGGCACAGGCGUUCCGGAAACACCUCCUUGCUCUCCAAACGAAGACGAGCUCUUCAACGGACAAUGAGUCCAACAGCCAGGGUGACUCUGACAAGGAAAACGAAGCCAAGCCUCGCUCAAAUCUUGAUGUGCACGUUACAUUCUUCAACAAAACUCCUGCAGCAGGCGACGUCAAGGGCAAAGAUUACCACCAUGUUGGCCGGAUCGACUUGGACAAGCUCGACCGCGAUACCGAGCUGUAUCUGAACGAUCCCAAGACGGAGUAUUACGUGUGUGGACCAGAAGGGUUCAUGACCGAGACGCGGAAAAAGCUGGUGCAGUACGGCGUCGAUGUGGACAGGGUCAAGCUCGAGUUGUUUGGCACCGGCGGUGUUCCUGCUGCAUGA